AUGCAUGGAAGUGUGGCAGAUUCUAACUGCACAUAUUUCAAGUUCUUCACUACCGGAGAAAAUGCAUACAUAUUUCAACGUGUUACACACAAAGAUCUGAAUAUCACAGCAGCUGUUCUCUCUCUGUUGAGUAUAACUCUGAUGGUAAUGGGUUCAAUCUGCAUAACAAUGGUUCUGAGCAAAGGUGUGGAAUUCCUCCUAAAGCCUGCGUCAUUCUUCUUCAUUCUUUCUGGUCUGUUUGUCAUGAUCACCAUGGUAGUAUUUCGUCAGGCUGUCAUUUGGCUCAUGGCAAGUAACCAGAACGUAAAGUUAGAAUAUGAAUACUCGUGGUCUUCAGCAUGCGCUGCAGCAGCAGGAGGCAUCUUGGUAUUUGGAGGAAUAUGUUGCUUGUUUUUGGUACUGCCACCUCUGCCCAAGAAACCUUGGGAAUACUGCAUGAAGAAAGGAAGUAGUUCUUAAAAAAAAUAAAUGAAGACCGUUGGCUUUAAAUUUUCUAGCCAAUCAGCUGGAGACCGAUCAAACAUGUCCGGUUUCUCAACACUGAAGUCCUUUGCAAAAUGAGGACAGUUGUUUGUUUACGUCAUUGUCAUUUUAUGCACCUGAUCCAGAUUUACAGUCAGUAUUCAGACUUUACAAGUUGUGGCAAUUCUUGCAAAGCAAUUCUUGCUUUGCUAUAUGGACAAUCUAUUUAUACCCUAUUUUGGACCGGAUGUUUUUCCCUUUUGUAAAUAAGCUUUGUAGCAUCCAGAACUCUGUUAAUGUAUUUUACUGGGGAUUGGGGAGGGCUACUGUAUAGAAAACAUGUUUUUUUGGUGUUAUAUUAUAUUGUGCUAUUAAAGGUUAUUUUUAUUCUGGUGA